AUGUAUUCCAGCUACACUUUCACCGACAUCUCGUUGGGAUUCAUGGCGAAGGCUAAAGAGAAGUUUGCAGAGGAAGCUGCCAUGGAGUAUCAGAUCCUAGAUAUCAGUCGUGAUCCAGGGGAUCAAGAUUUUCCUCUUCACAGUUUUGACCUUAUUAUCGCGGACAACGUUUUACACGCUACUCCAAGCUUGCAGAAAGCACUGAAACAUGUCCACAAGCUCCUAGCUCCCCGAGGUCGCUUCCUUUUGCAUGAACUCCACCCAGAACUACUCGUUACAGAUUACAUAAUGGGAACGCUCCCCGGCUGGUGGUUGGGGGAGAAUGACGGUAGGCCUAACAGACCAUACGUUUCUCCGGAAAGAUGGGAUCAAGAGCUUCGCGCAGCAGGGUUUACUGGUGCAGAGCUCGUGGUUUACGAUGCUCCCGCACCGUGUCAGGCCUCAGCAACCAUUCUCUCUCAGGUUCGCCAGACAUGGUCGAUAACAAGGGAUGUCGUGCUUUUGACUAGGGAAAAUACAACCGGGCUGUCUGGAUGGGUGAGUGAUGUGGAGGGUCAAUUCCGAAGCAGAGGCUACUCCAUUGAGUGGACCACGCUGGAUCAACCACCCCCAGAGAACAAGCGGAUCAUCUCCCUUCUAGAAAUCGAAGACCCAUACCUGGAUGGUGUGACAGAACAAGACUACAAUACUCUGCAGAAUUAUCUGAUUGAAGCGCGCCGGUGUGCAAUACUGUGGAUCACAAACGCGACCCAAUUGGUCUGCAACGAUCCCCGGUUUGGUUUCAUUCAUGGUCUGGCCCGCGUUCUGAGGCAUGAAUUGCAGCUGGAUAUCUCGAUCCUCCAGAUCGGGACUUUUGACUCGGCUGCAGCGUCGAUAGUCGUCGACGUACAUGAAAAGCUACAGGUCAGCAGGGAAGAGGCGCUUCCAGGAUGCCCUAUGGAAUAUGACUUUGUCUGGGCGAACGGAGCUGUGCAUAUAGGUCGGUACAACUGGACCACACUUGCCGAGGAACUGGCAGUUGUGCCGCCUCCGAAAAUUCCGCGCAAGCUUGAUAUCGGUUCUUUUGGGCGGCUGCACACGAUGCGGUGGGUUCCCCAAAAUCUCAGUGACGGGUUAGAAAAGAGACAUCUCGAAGUCGACAUUCAUUUCGUUGGGUUGAACUUCAAGGAUUUGAUGGUCUUGAGGGGUAUGAUAGGAAAGCGGGAGGAGCUCGGAAUUGAAGCCACUGGAGUUGUCCGUCGAGUGGGUGCGGAUGUGACAGAACACAAGGUCGGCGAUCAUGUUAUCCUGUUUGAGAGAGGGCUUCUUGUCACAAGGAAGGUGAUCCAUCAUCGGCAGUGCAUGAAGAUUCCGCAAGGUCUAACUCUCCAGGAUGCGGCAACAAUGUCUGUGGUAUAUCUGACUGCAAUACAUUCGCUAGUCAAGCUUGGACAGAUCCAAAAGGAUAAGGUCUAUGCAACAGUCGGCAAUGAAGAGAAAGUACAGUAUCUCAUGGAGAAUUUCGGGUUGCCUCGCGGCCACAUUUUCCAUUCCCACGACAGCUCAUUCGUAUCGGACAUUAUGCAUGCUACGCAGGGAAAAGGAGUUGAUUUGGUGCUCAAUUCUCUUGCCGGGGAUCUCCUUCAUGCUUCAUGGAAGUGUGUUGCCCCGUACGGUAAGAUGGUCGAGCUUGGCAAGCGUGAUUUUAUGACUCAUGGCAUGCUUGACAUGAGUCCAUUCCUUGGGAACCGCACUUUUCAUGGUGUAGAUAUGUUGGCCAUUCAUGAAGAGGACACCGAGAUUCGUCGAGAAAAUUUUACGCUGUUCCACGAAUGGCUCCAGCAAGGUUUCAUCAAGCCAAUCAGCCCCGCCACAGUUUUCGAUGCUCCUGAUGUGGUGGAAGCGUUCCGAUAUUUGGAAGCUGGCAAGCACAUGGGCAAGGUUGUCAUACGCAUGUCCUCCUUAUCCGACGCAUCCAACAUGCUGUGUCAUGCAGUCACGCCUUCACCAAUUUUCUCCUCGGACGCGGCCUACCUUCUUGUCGGUGGGCUGGGUGGUAUUGGCCAGUCCGUAUCAACUUAG